AUGCGAGGUGGUAAUUCCAAAUUCUCCAACUUGCAAGGAAUUCGUGACUUGGCAAAGACAUUAGUUGAGGCAAAUCUUGUGAAGACUUAUUCACUUGUUUAUUUACUUGUGAAGUUGGCUCUAAUUUUACCCGUUGCUACGGCAACUGUGGAAAGAGCAUUCUCUUCCAUGAAGCACAUAAAAAAUGAAGUGCGAAAUAAUAUUGGUGAUCAAUAUUUAAAUGAUUGUUUAGUAUGUUACAUGGAGCAUGAUGUAUUUGCAAAUGUAAGUAAUGAUGUCAUCAUUGAUCGUUUUCAGAAUAUGAAAACUCGUCGUGGACAAUU